GUCAGUUGCGCAGCUGUGUCCAGCACAGCCUGUGGGACGCGGCGUUCUGCUCCUUGCUCUUCGUUGUUGGGAUUGAGUCCGUUUUGGAGAGUCUCCGCGGCAGCCGUCACCAUGUCGGUCCCAAGCGCACUCAUGAAGCAGCCGCCCAUCCAGUCUACGGCUGGGGCCGUCCCAGUUCGAAACGAGAAAGGUGAGAUCUCAAUGGAAAAGGUGAAGGUGAAACGAUAUGUGUCCGGAAAGAGACCAGAUUAUGCCCCUAUGGAGUCCUCAGAUGAAGAGGAUGAAGAAUUUCAGUUCAUUAAGAAAGCUAAGGAACAAGAAGCAGAGCCUGAGGAACAGGAGGAGGACUCAUCCAGUGACCCCCGACUUCGGCGGUUACAGAACCGCAUCAGUGAAGAUGUGGAAGAGCGAUUGGCUCGACACAGAAAGAUCGUGGAACCUGAAGUAGUGGGAGAGAGCGACUCAGAAGUAGAAGGGGAUGCUUGGCGCCUGGAACGAGAAGACAGCAGUGAGGAAGAGGAGGAAGAGAUUGACGAUGAAGAAAUUGAGCGGCGCCGUGGCAUGAUGCGUCAGCGAGCACAGGAGAGGAAAAAUGAAGAGAUGGAAGUCAUGGAGGUGGAAGAUGAAGGGCGCUCUGGGGAGGAGUCUGAGUCAGAGUCUGAGUAUGAGGAGUACACAGACAGUGAGGAUGAAAUGGAGCCUCGACUUAAGCCUGUCUUCAUUCGAAAGAAGGAUCGGGUGACAGUUCAAGAACGAGAAGCUGAAGCAUUGAAACAGAAGGAACUGGAACAAGAAGCAAAACGCAUGGCUGAGGAGCGGCGCAAGUACACCCUCAAGAUUGUAGAAGAAGAGACCAAGAAAGAGCUAGAGGAGAACAAGCGGUCUCUUGCUGCCCUGGAUGCGCUCAAUACUGAUGAUGAAAAUGACGAGGAAGAAUACGAGGCAUGGAAAGUCCGCGAGCUCAAAAGAAUCAAGAGGGAGAGAGAAGACCGAGAAGCGCUUGAAAAGGAGAAAGCAGAAAUUGAACGCAUGAGAAACCUGACUGAGGAAGAAAGGCGGGCAGAACUUCGGGCAAAUGGCAAAGUCAUUACCAACAAAGCUGUUAAAGGCAAAUACAAGUUUCUACAGAAGUAUUAUCACCGAGGUGCCUUCUUCAUGGAUGAGGAUGAAGAAGUCUACAAGAGAGACUUUAGUGCACCUACUCUUGAGGACCAUUUCAACAAAACCAUUCUUCCUAAAGUCAUGCAGGUCAAGAAUUUUGGACGGUCUGGUCGCACCAAGUACACCCACCUUGUGGAUCAAGAUACCACUUCCUUUGACUCUGCAUGGGGCCAAGAGAGUGCCCAGAACACAAAAUUCUUUAAACAAAAGGCAGCAGGGGUACGAGAUGUAUUUGAGCGACCAUCUGCCAAGAAGAGGAAAACCACCUAGUCUUCAGCUUAUUCCAGCUGUGGGACACAAGGGGAUCUGGUCAAUUCUCUUGAACCAUUAUUUACAUGGUUCUUGUAUAGAGCUUUCCAGACUUGCGGCCAUAACUUGUGUUUGAAGGUGCUUUCUAAGAGGUUUGGACUCAUACCGAGAAACCCACAGAAAAGCACUAACCGGGUAGGCUAGAGGCUUCCAGCUUAAAACCACUCCUGAGAAAUCUUAUGUUUCUCACCUUGGCUUCCCACAUUGACUUGGGACUAUUCUGAGUGUUUGUCUAGCCUGGAUCAGAUACCUGGACAUAUGAAUGGAUGGUGUAUUCUUUCUUUCUUCUUUUUUUCUUUUUUCUUUUUCUUUUACAUUAUUUCUUCCUUAGGGUUAGGAGUAGGCUAUCAGGAAAUCCAAGCUCAGUCCAACCUGUUUUCCAUUUGUGGUGUUGAAUCUUAUAAAUAUACAUUUUGG